UUGUAAUCAUCAUCUGCCAUGUUACACUAUUGUUGAAAAAUAUUAAGAGCGGCAACGUUGUAAACUUUAAACUUUAAGUUUUAUAAUAAAAUACGCAGUACUUGGUUCGUUAGAUGGAUUAGUGAGUCUUAAAGUGUUAACGGUAAUUCUUUGUGGACGAAACAUGUAGAGACCACUAUGUGGAUAGAAUCUGACUAUGAUGAUAAUGAUAAAAAAAAAUAUAUGGCCAAACCGAACGAUAUCAUUUGCCAUUCAGGGCCCUAAAUGUUGUUUCUUUAUGUUCUAAAUACAAGAUUUCAUAUGGUAGUGAAUGGAAGGAAGGAAUUAUAGAUAAAUCAUAUAAUUACUAUACCUAUAACAAAGUGAAUCAUUAUCAUUAUUUGUUUUGAUUAAAACAAGGAUUAUAAUAUUGCGUUGAUAUAUUGAUUAGAUAUUUUAAUUAAUUUUAAAUAACCACACGCCGAUAUUUAUAGCUUAUUGCUAUUCUAGCUCUAAGUGGUAUAGCUCUCGGUUUGGGGGGGUCACUAUAAUUUUUGCAUCAUCAAAUAAUAGUUUGUGCAUCGUUCGAACAAUAUGUUGUACCUAAAAUUAAUUCUGUUAAAUAUAGUAUUUAUUAAAACUAUGGAUGCUUCUCUCGUCCUGGACCCCCUGGUGAACAAUAACGCAUUCGAUGUGAACCUUUAUGAAGAAGUUCUUGAUCCAGCAGAAUGUGCAAGGCAAAUUGAAUACAUACUUACCAAUGAUACAACGCUCUUGAGUCAAUUUUUAGAUGCAGGUGUGAGGACUCCACGAGGAAUGCUAGAGGGUAAUUUCGUAGACAUGGGCAAUUACUUUCAAUGCCUAGGAAUUAAUAAAGAAGUGCGUGAUAUGUCUAUUGAAGGCAAAUAUUGUGCGAUAGAAUUCCCUUUAAAACAAGACGAACUAAAAUGGCCAACUCUGCCUACUUUACCAGAAAUACCUGAAAUACCCUGGCCAAACAUAACUUGGCCGCCAACGUGGCCAUCGGAACCUUUAACACAAAAAAUAUUAGAUGAGGAGAAAUUGAAAAACUAUAAUUUAUUCAUACGCGGAAGAGAUAAUUUAAAAUUACUUCUUGGGGAUGAUCCAGAACUAUCGUUGUCUAGAGUUGCAGAAGGUAAUCCUUUAGCUAAUAUCCGAUUUCAGUUGGCGGUUUGCCUACCAAAAGUUUGUUCUCCCAAAACUGCUCUUCAAAUAAUAACGCCGAGUUUUUUUGGAAAUAUAUCAAUUAACGAAAAUUACUGCCGACUGAAGAACGAUAAACCUUGGGUUGCAGCUGACACUGUUGCUAUAGUAAUAUUUUCUGUUAUUGGUCUUUUAACACUUUUGAGCACCAGCUACGAUCUCAGACACAGCGUUCUUCUUGAAAGAGAUCCGAAAGAGGCUAGCAAGUUGUACACUUCAUUUUCCGUAUAUACGAACUCUAGAAAGUUUUUUACAUUCCGCCCUAACCCUAAUGCUCUUACGUGUUUGGAUGGGAUUAGAUCCAUAGCAAUGAUAUGGGUUAUCGUUGGCCAUACAUUUAGUACUCAAUUGUCGUUGCCUCUUGCGAAUCCCCUACAUAUGUUUGACUUUUUGACCUCGUUCACAUCUCUGUGGAUCACUGGUGCUAAUAUUACUGUGGAUACUUUCUUCGUAAUCAGUGGUCUAUUAUUAGUUUACACAGUAGCUUCUAAAUUAACCAGUAUUAAUCUCAUUAAAAAUCUCCAUCUGUUCUAUUUGAAUAGACUUUUGCGCAUGUUUCCUGUGCUGGCUACAGCAAUUCUUCUCCAAGUAUCAUUCUUUAAUCGAAUAACAGAUGGCCCUUUUUGGGAACCGAUUGCACGGAAUACAAAUAACUGUAGGCAAUACUGGUGGAGCACUUUGUUAUAUGUUCAGAAUUUAGUGAAUGCACGAAAUAUGUGCCUUAGUCACAGUUGGUACUUGGCCAUUGACAUGCAAGCCUACAUUCUAUCACCGCUAGUGCUGUUCUGGGUUCUUGGACGAAGUAAAAAAUCAGCAUGGAUUGCGUUAACAGCCGCUGUCUUAAUUGUGAUCACGGCAUCAUCAAUUUACAACUUCCUAAUGGAGUUUCAGUCUGCUUUUAUUGCCUUAUCUCGGUCGUUAGAAGAUGCAAUGCGAUAUUACUUCGACUAUUAUUUCCACACUUUGCCUCGUAUCUCACCGUUUUUCGUCGGAAUGCUUUUUGGAUAUGUGAUGCACUUGUGUAAAGGGAAAACAAUCAGGCUUUCUAAGGUUCUGGUCGUUAUGCUAUGGAUUUUAGCAGGCGCGACUAACUUCUGCGUGUUUAUCUCAACUUAUUUCACUAUGAAAGCUGACUGGGACAAUCAGACUGUAGAUAGCAUCCUAAAUUCAUUCAUGAGACCGGCUUGGGCAGCAAGUAUUGGAUGGUUGACGUUUGCAUGCGCUAAAGGUUAUGGUGGUCCGAUAAACUGGUUCUUAUCUUUACACAUAUUCAAGAUUCUGGGACGUCUCUCGUAUGCUAUGUACAUUCUGCACUACCCACUCAUAUAUAUUAUAUACGGUACAGCACUUGCGCCGAUAUAUUUCUCAGUGGAAUACUCCAUACAACGGUUCUUCAUUGACUUCAUGGUGGCAGUAAUUGCGUCUUACCUAGUAACAGUACUCAUAGAUAUGCCAUUUUCACAACUCAUUGGAAUGGUGCUGGGAGGACAAAGUGAUCAGAAAAGAAAUGACAAGAAGAAAAAUGAUGAUUUAAAAAGAGCCGACGAUGUGGUACCACGUUUGGAGACAGAUUUGAACAAAACAGAAGUAGUAAACAGCCAAAACGGAAUAAAAUCUUAACAAAUUACAGAAGUGAUAAGAAGUUUAAUUAAGAUUACUGACAAUUAUUAUUAUGAUGACAUUUUAUUUUGAAUUUUAAUUUUAUUUGAAUUGUUUUUUUUAUGUAAUAUUAUUUAAAGUACCGUUGCUAAUUCUAUAUUUGUAUGCCUGAUGGCUGGUCGUAGUUGGAAUGUAUGUUGAAGCAUAAUAACCAUGUAUAUAUGUACCAUAAAUAAAUAAAUGAUAGAUUGAUAGAUUGAAAGAUCCUCAGUAAAAAAAAAAAUAAGUAUUUCUAUUUUAGGAAGUUAUAAUAGUAAUAGUGAUAAUAGUGGAGAGUAUCUGAAUAUUUAUUUGCAGUACAGAAUUUUGUUAUACAAAGUCAAGUUUGUGUCGUGGACACAAACGUACUGUUUCUGAUCGAGAAGACGGAAUUGUUUGCAAGAAAUAAGUAAUUUUCAAAAUAUAAGAGACACGUGAAGAAGCAUUUCUGCAUGCCGGCAAGGUGAGGAUGGUUGGUGUAACAGUUUAAAACUGCUGUACCAGCUAUCUUCGCGUCUAAACUUCAUCACCACUUAAUAAUAAAUUUAAUGAAUUUAUUUAUUUCUUCUUACAACAAUUAAGACACAUACAAUACAGGUUAAGCAACACUUAAACUUAACAUCAGAUGAGAUAGAGCCAUUUGCCUACUUAGCAUAAAAAAAACAAAUGAAUUACUUAAUUUAUUGUAAAACCUAAGACAUUAUAAAUAAAAAUAUUAUUAAGUUUAUUAUUACUUUUCUUAUUGCUGUUACAAUUAAGAAAUGAUAAAAUAGAAACAUUAGUUUUUAAGGUUAGUGUACACAACAUGGUGUAAAGGACCAUAUCAAGAUAAGCUAACAAAUAUUCAACGAAGUUUAAAAAUAAUUCUGCCGUUACUUACACUUCAUUACAUAUUACAGAAUACGAACAAAUUUAAAAGUUCAUUGACGUGUAUUCAGUGCAGAUGGAUUGCCAAAAAGAUACCCUAUGUUAACUCAUCGCAUGAUAAAUAACUUCGAGUAGUUGUGGGUGCCCUUAUACUUAGGUCUUAUAAAAUGUAUUGAUUCAACUUUAUGUAAUAAAAGAUCUCAAUAAAAUCUAGCUUACAUAAUUUCUUCCAUUCUCCUUUACUUUACAUAAUAUUACAAAGUAACAUUUGGGGAGCUGGCGAACAAAACAGUAUAAUUACGUAAAAUUAAAAUUUUACAGGAGCUAUACAAAACUGAAAGACAUACUGUAACGUACCUUAAUAUGGUUUCGACCCAUGGUUUCGAUUAUCAUAGGUUCCAUUUCGCACAUUUUAUCAUAUAACAUCAUCGAUAUUCAUCAGGCAACAUCAUAUAUUUUAUUAUUUAUUCCUGGAAACACAUAAUUUCAAAAAUAUCACACAUUAUUAUACGUAUUUACAAAAUGAUUUGUAAAUACGUAUAAUAAUUUCUUCUGUACUGAAAAUCACUAUUCCAGAGUGCUGGACACUUACCGGCAUUUCUCUUUAUUCUGUUAUUUACUUGUUUUCACUAAUUUUGCUUUGAUUUUUCUAUUUUUAAUUUAUUUAUUUUAUUGACAUUUAUGACAACCUAAUGUUUUUUUAUCCAUUGCCAUGGCUACCCAUGACACGGAUACUCUCUCCAACUACGUCUAUGACUAUUCAACCUCCACAGACCACCUACUUUGAUUCUUUUUGGCUCGAUUCGAACCGUGUCUAAAUUCAAAUGGUUCCGGACCUAUAAAAGGCCGAGCCUCCCUGAUCAUUCAUUCAAUUCUACGGCAAAAGUUGCCUACUCAACUUUUGAAAGCUCGCUACCGAGCUCUAAAUUAAUAAAAGGCCUUGUCCCGGGGCCGACUGCCCCGGGACUCAAGAAAGACCUCAAAGACUACUCUUCACGUACUCGCAACCUCAUCGGUGGGACUGCGCCUGGACUCCAGCUUCUUCGGCCAGCCUCCAACUGCUUCAGCCCGCCUUCUACCGACUCCUGCCGUUUCAUCAACGCCUGCCUCUGGCCGAUAUACGCCAGCCAAACUACCAGCAGCGCCGCCAGCCACCACCAGGGCAGGCCAAGAACUAAGACGGCUGCACAGGAGCGCUUCUGCCUCCAAGGAGCGCCGUCCGUCUGCCUGUAGCGCGUCGCCGACGACCCACACCCACUUCACCACUUCCACUUCACACCCCACACUACACACACAUACCAUACCCCUAUUCUUUUUUUAACCUGUAAAUUAUUCUUAUUCUUGUAAAUAUAUAUAUUUUAUAACCUCUACCUGUUUUCUUUCUUUUUAUUUUGUCGCUACACGACAAAAUUGGCACCCAACUCUUUAGUUUAGUCUUCAGGUCUUCCCUUUAGUUUUUCCUCUUCCUUACCUUUAUCUUCAUUUAUCCCUCCAGCCUCUCCUCUAAAUUCUAAAACAACACUUCUUCUAGUGUCCCUAUCCUUAUUCAUUCCUUUGGCAUCUUAUUUGGA